ACAACCUCUGGAGUGACCAGAGUCUGGAGACAGACCCCGACCUACCCCCAGGCUGGAGGAAAAUCUGUGACUCUCUAGGCACCUACUACUGGCAUGUGCCGACUGGUACAACACAGUGGCAGCACCCUACACACACCGCCGGUCCAGGAGGACACCCAGAGGCGGAUGGAGAGGAGACACUCCAGGGAAUGGACGGCCAGGCCCCUGUGGUGAAGCACUUGGCAAAGGACAGGACCUCACUGCCCUGGCAAACAGAUGACUUCCAGCACAGCACAGAGCCUGGCUCCAAGUGCUUCGCUGUGCGCUCACUGGGUUGGGUGGAGAUCCCCGAGGAGGACCUGGCACCUGGCAAGAGCAGCAUCGCCGUCAACAACUGCAUCCAGCAGCUCUCUAACAGCAAGGGCCAGGGCUCUGCAGAGAACCGGGGCGAGGGCCAGGACCUGGUGAUGAUCCUGAAGAAGGACACCAUGAGCCUGGUGAACCCCCUUGACCGCAGCCUCAUCCACCACCAGCCCAUCCUCAACAUCCGUGUCUGGGGCGUUGGCUGCAACAACGGCAGGGGGGGGGGGCGCGCCGGGGGCGGCCACUGGGGGCAGGCCCCCCAGCAAGACUUCGCCUUCGUGGCCAGUGACAAGGACACCUGCGUCCUCAAGUGUCAUGUCUUCCACUGCAAUGUGCCUGCCAAGGGCAUUGCUAAGGCCCUGCACGAGAUGUGCUCCAAGAUCGUGGCUGAGCGCGCAGUAGCGAGCAGCAGGCUGCCACGUGCCACCACGCUGGAGCCCAUCUCCACCGAGGACCUGCCGCUGCAAG